GAGUCCACAGUACAGUGGCCUCUUCAACUCUCUCUCUCUCUCUCUCUCACAGUUCCCAAUUUUCCUUCCAACCGUCCGCCGUCCGAACUGGAGCUAUCGAAUUCUGGACGGCGGCGAAUUCUUUCCGGCAACCGGUGGACUCUAAUCGACCAAUUAAUUGAUCCAUUUUGAAUCUAUUUGUUUGCGGAAAUACUGGAAGUUUUGGACCAUUUUGUUUUGCUUUUCUCAGCGCUCGCAGGGUUUAAGCGGUGACCAAAAGCGAAUCCGAAGGGUUUCUGUUUGCUGAUGGAGCAGGUUGAAGCGGCUGCAUCCGAUUUUCGGCAGAGGAAGCUCGCGAGACAGCUCGAUUUCACGGCGAUGUGCAGGGCCUCUGCCAGUGCAAUACUGCCGGAGCAUCCGCAAGCGCAAUUACAGUCGAAAUUACUGGCAUUGGCGCAGGCACAAGCAUCGCCGCCGCAGGCGAGGCCACAUGCAGUGCCGCAGGCGCAACCGCAAACGCGGAUGAAACAACCGGCGCCACGGAUGGUGCAACAGCCACCGCAGCCCCGGGCGACAUUGCCAGUAACCAUGUUGGAGUCUCCAAAAUCACGACAAAGGAGUAACAUUGGUGUAAAGGAUAUUACUCCUAAGAAACAAAAACAGUGCAAUUGCAGAAAUUCUCGAUGCUUGAAGUUGUACUGUGAAUGCUUUGCUUCGGGGGCUUAUUGUGAUGGUUGCAACUGCUCAAAUUGUCACAAUAAUGUUGAACAUGAAGCUGCUAGGCAAGAGGCUGUUGCAGCAAUCUUAGAGCGUAACCCAACUGCUUUCAGACCAAAGAUUGCUAAUAGUCCACAUAGACUACGGGAUGGUGGGGAAGAGGCAGCAGAGGCAUUAGUAAUGGCAAAGCACAACAAAGGAUGUAACUGUAAAAAGUCAUGGUGUCUCAAGAAGUACUGUGAGUGUUUUCAGGCAAGCAUACUGUGUUCUGAAAAUUGUAAAUGCGUGGACUGCAAAAACUUUGAAGGAAAUGAAGAGAGAAGGAUUCUUUGCCAUGAGGACCAUUCUAAUUUAAUACCAAACAUUCAACUGGCGGCCAAUUCAGCAAUUGAUGGUGCCAUUGGUUCUCCACAUCUUGGCAGCCCCUCAGCAUCAAAGAAGAGAAAGAUUCAGCACCACAUUGGUGGCUCAAUGGCCAGAGAUCAAUCUGUUCAUGGGGUUGCUCCGCUUCAACAAGUUAGUAAGAACGGCCAGGAAAAUCAUUUAAUAGCUCCUGCUGCCUUGUCUUCUCUGUUAUCAGCCCCGGUUUCUUGCAGUACCUCAACAACAGUUAUGAAAUCUUCUAGGUUGACAUCCAGGUCUCAACUAGCCAACUUUAUUCAAUCAGAGGAUGUAAAGGAGCUUUGCUCACUUUUGGUCUUUGUUUCUGCAGAAGCUACAAAGUUGCUUUCAGAUAAAAAAGGGAAAAUGGAUAAACAAGAAGUCAUGCAAAGUCAUGUUAGUUGUUUUACUCAACAGAGAGAGAGUAAAAUAGAAGGUACCAUGCAAAUAUCUGUUCCUGAUGAUUGUUCAAGUGGAAACCAAUUUAACAGAGAGGGUGAUUCUGGGUUGGAUGGAAGUGAUGCCCAAGCUAGACGGCCACCAUCUCCUGCAACGCUUCCUCUGAUGUGUGAUGAACAAGACUCAGUGGUCAUGGAAGCUAGGUCUCCCAAUGCUGCAGCAAGCUGUAAUGGAAACAUGACAUCUCAGGAUCAGAUCUUCACAGAUCUCCAUGCACAGCAGGAAAGGAUUGUCUUGACAAAUUUCAGUGAUUUUCUCAACAGGCUCAUCACUCGUCUGAGCAUUAAAGAGUCCCUGUGUUCUCCAUCGGCCAAAACUGAACCAAGCACCCGACAAGAACCAGAGGACGGCAUUGCGACGGCAAAGACUGAAACAAGGACCCUGGGGGCAAAGGUAUAGUAUAAUCCGUAGGUCAGCUCGCUGCUGAAAUGUUGCAGAACGCUACUGCAAUGCCUUCUGGUAAUAGGUAGUUCUCAGAGUCUGAACUACUGUUUAUAAAUGAAAAGAUAAACCAGAUAUCAAGAAACAGAUGUAGUAAGAUCAAGUAGCUCAAAAUAAAAGGAAAAUGUUUAGUCAUGAUAUCUGGUUGGUCAUACUGCUGCUAUAACAUAGUCUUAGGUCCCUAAUCUUAGCACUUUAUUGAUUGAAGAAUCAGUUACUAAUAGACUAAAUUAUUUAUUGUACUUUUCCAUAAACAUAUGUUUAUGCUUUAAUUGAGAAGCAUUUCUCUCAGCUUCAUCUUUGUGUCUACUCUG